CCCCACCAUCGCUCUCCUCUCACACGAUAUGCAAAAAGGUCAUCGCAGCCUAUCGAGAAAGUCGCGAGCAGUAAUCCCCUCGAUUCAUCCAUCUCCACCUUUGGGAACACGACGCAAGCGCGCUGAUCGAAGACGCCGACAUUGCAGUGGAAAUGGCAUCCACAGGCCCCAUCCUGCCGGUCGUCAACCUUCAGAUCAAUUACGAUGAGGAGCGAGCAAACAUCAAAGACUUUUUGACUCAUUUCAAAGGACCUGUACCUGCGCUUCGAGCAUCCAGCAGCGUGGUCAAGGAGCCGGACACGGACGAUGAAGAUGCUGAUGGUGAUGCUGAAGGUGAUGCAGACCUGGAAGAUGGAUUCGGAGAGCUGGACAUUGCCCCGGGUGCUCGAACGACGCGUGGCAGAGGUCGGAAUGCCAGCAGCCUCAAGUACAAGGAGCAAUUACAACGCAUCUGCAAUCGGCAACAAGAUGCGCUCGUCAUUGACGUUGCUGAUGUCCACAAGCAUCGUUUCACGCACAACCAGGAGAAGGGCACCAAACUCGCCAUCGCCAUGACCGGUAAUGCGCACCGCUUCAUCGAGCUCUUCAGCGAAGUGGUCGACUCGGAAUUGAAGAACAUGGUUCCUGCCGAAGGGAUCGACUAUCGAACAGACGUGCUGGAUGUGAUCAUGGAGCAGCGCAUCGAACGCAACUCCAGAGUGGAACAAGGUCUGAGCAUGCAGCAGCCCGAGGAUGGCGAGGAUGAGGAUGGUGGCGAAGCUCCUGCUCAGGAUGAAGAGCCGCCUUUCCCACCUGCUCUGCUGCGAAGGUACAACUUGUACCUCAAACCCGCCAACACUCACCACAGCCGCAGAGUGACCGGCGACGAUGCCACUUCCUCUUCCUCGUCCGGCACGCUGGCAGUGCGAGCAGUCAGAGGCGCACAUCUGGGCAAGCUCAUCACGGUCCGCGGCAUCGUCACGCGAGUCAGCGAAGUCAAGCCUUUCCUUUUGGUCGACGCGUACUCUUGCGACCAGUGCGGCGCAGAAAUCUUUCAAGAGGUCAAUGGAAGAGCAUAUCUGCCAUUGGACAAGUGCCCCUCGAAGAGAUGCAUGAUGAAUCGCACGAGAGGCGUACUGCAUCAGCAGACCCGAGCAAGCAAAUUCACCAGCUUUCAAGAGGUCAAGGUGCAAGAGAUGGCGGAUCAAGUGCCCGUGGGUCAUAUCCCGCGAAGCAUGACCAUUCACCUCUAUGGCCCAUUGACGCGCUCUCUGAAUCCUGGAGAUGUGGCAGACAUUGCAGGUGUCUUUUUGCCCACGCCUUAUACUGGCUUCAAGGCUGUCCGCGCUGGUCUACUCACAGACACGUAUCUCGACGCCCAGCAUGUCACUCAACUCAAGAAGCAGUACGAAGCUAUGGAGUUGACGCCAGAGAUGAGCGAGCGCAUUUCUGCUCUCAAGGACGAUCCUGCUCUCUAUGCCAAGCUGGCCGCGAGCAUCGCCCCGGAAAUCUACGGACAUGAAGACGUUAAAAAGUGCCUUCUGCUGCUCCUAGUAGGCGGUGUCACCAAGUCUGUGGGCGACGGCAUGAAGAUCAGAGGCGACAUUAACGUCUGCUUGAUGGGUGAUCCUGGUGUGGCCAAGUCGCAGCUACUGAAGUACAUCAGCAAGGUCGCACCGCGAGGCGUCUACACGACUGGACGGGGAAGCUCCGGCGUCGGUCUGACCGCCGCUGUCAUGCGUGAUCCGGUGACCGAAGAGAUGGUCCUCGAGGGCGGUGCGCUGGUCCUGGCGGACAACGGAAUCGCGUGCAUCGAUGAAUUCGACAAGAUGGACGAGUCUGAUCGGACAGCCAUCCACGAAGUCAUGGAGCAGCAGACGAUCAGCAUCAACAAGGCAGGAAUUUCCACCACGCUGAACGCCAGAACUUCUAUUCUAGCAGCUGCAAACCCUCUGUAUGGACGAUACAAUCCUCGCAUAUCGCCCGUCGACAACAUCAAUCUGCCAGCGGCUCUGCUGAGUCGUUUUGAUGUGCUGUUCCUCAUCCUCGACACGCCCAGCAGGGAGGACGAUGAACGAUUGGCUCAGCACGUCUCUUAUGUUCACAUGAAUAGCGAGCAUCCCCCGCUGGAGCACGAGCCGCUGGAUGCCAACGUGAUGCGCCAUUACAUUGCGCUGGCGAGGCAAAAGCGACCAACGGUGCCGCGCGUGGUGAGCGAGUAUGUGGUUGGAGCUUACGUCAAGCUGCGAGCUCAAGGAGCAGAGGAAGAGGCAAAGGAGCAAGCCUACUCGUACACUUCUGCCAGGACAUUGCUGGGCGUGCUUCGCCUUUCGCAAGCGCUUGCCAGGCUCCGAUUUGCGGAUAGCGUGGAUGUGGCGGAUGUGGAUGAGGCGCUGCGAUUGAUGGAUGUGAGCAAGGCCAGUCUGCACGCUGAUGGGCGCAAGCGGGCGGGCGAAGAGUGGGGCGAUUCGACGCCGAUCAGCAAGAUUUACAGGAUCAUUCGCGAUAUGGCUUUGGCUCAGGGCGCUGCGGAGAGGGAAGAAGCGAUGCAGAGGCAGAAGAGAUCUAACAGAAGACCUAUGGCCAGCACGGGCAGGUUGGGAAGAGGACCGGCGGGAGAAAGAGGGGAUGAUGGGCAAGAUAUGGAUGUGGACGAUGAUGAGGUUGCGGAUGCGACGUACAGGGAUGCGGACAAUGCGCCGGGCGAACUGCAGAUGAGGGAUGUGAGGGCUAGGAUCUUGGCUGGUGGAUGGGUGGAGGAUCAGUUGCAGGAAUGCAUCAACGAGUACUCUGACCUGGGCGUCUUGCAGGUCAUCGGCAAUCGUUUGACCUUCUUGUAGAAUCUUUGGCUCUGGCACCCACCCCC